GUCCUGAAUCAUGAAGAUCCAGCUGCUUGUCUCUACCGGGAUCUUAUUGGUUGCUCUCCAGCCCUGCCAUGAGUGCAGAACCCUCAGCAAGGGAGCCCCGGCCGCUCCCGCCGCCAGUAGCGUUCUGCAGCAGCUAGAUUUCCAAGAACAACCCCAAUCGCUCCCCAUAUUGCUCCGCAUGGGAGAAGAAUAUUUCUUGCGCUUGGGUAGCCUUCGUAAGAACCCCGCUGCUCCCGCCGCCGCCGGAUCCUUCUCCUCCACUACCAGCACGAGCACCAGCAGCAGCCCCCUAGCUACGUCCGCGUCCGCGGGCAACUUUUUCAGAGCCGUCGUCCAACAGCUGCAGCAGCUGCAGCACUUCCAAGAACGCUCGUUAGAGGGCGCCCCCGACUCCUGGGACGGCGAAGACGACGGCGCCCACCUACAGGCCACGGAGAAGGAGAAACGAUCCGAGGAGCCGCCGAUCUCCUUGGAUCUGACUUUCCAUCUCCUCCGAGAAGUCUUGGAGAUGGCCCGAGCGGAGCAGUUGGCGCAGCAGGCUCAUAGCAACAGGAAACUGAUGGAAAUCAUCGGGAAAUGAAGCGCUCUCCUUUGCCUGGCCCCGACCAAAGAGCUCCUCCAGUUAGCGCACAGCCCUUCGACCUAGAUCCACUUACACCGCUCCCUCGCGCCCUUCCCCUUCCCUCUCCCUCCUCCUCCUUUUAUUCGAAAGCUUUAUCGAAGUAGCCUUGAAUAGCAUGUCCGGCGUCGUACCCAAGUGUCGUCGUUUGUAACUUCUUUUUUCUUUUCUCACCCGUCCUGUUCCCAGGCAAGAUUCAGGUUUAGGCG